AUGAUACUAAGGAUACUAUUUGCUCUAUCUUUGCUUUAUACCACAGUAAUUUCCGAUGAAAAUGUAACGAUACCUGCAGAGACGGCGUCAGAGGAAAAUAUUGAUGUUUCGGUGGGUUUUUGAUCGUUUUUCAAAUUUUCUUUUUACAGUUUAAGGUCAAGAGGAUGUUGAGGAUAAUAUAGUGAAUGUUUUAGAUUAUUGGAUAUCACUGGGAACAUGUGGAAACACCGUUCAUUUGCGCAAUGUGGCUUUUACUCGCUAGUGUCGCGAAAAUUUGUAAGUUCUUCAAGUUUCUUUGCUUGUUUUACCGUUUUUUUAGUAACAAAUAAUUUAAAAGUUGUUUUAAAAGGUAGAUAAAUGUAUUAUCUUUCUUUUUGAUACAUAUUUUGGUGUUUUGAGAUCAGUUUUCUUUGAGAAUUUUCGAGUUUUCCCAGAUUUAGGUAACGUUUUUUGAAGGUCACUUUUUCUAUUGUUGUUUUAGCUAUUGUAUUAGAUUUGUUUUAUGAUGUUUGUGUGUUAAAUAGAUGAAUAUAGACUGAAUCUUGGUUUUUUUGUAAGGUUUUUCUGUUUUAGGUUUUUUUUUGAUUGAUUUUAUAUUGUUUUAGGCAUUAAAGGAAGACGUUUGUUGUUUUUAGUUGAAACUGUUGCAAGAUAGUGUAAAAUAGAUUAAAUUGUGAUUGUAAUGGUUAGACAAUAAUUUAUAGUAUAUUUUAGACUAUUUUUGUUUCUAUUUAAGAUCUGUUUUAAUUUGUUUUGGCACUUUUUAAAAGAAAUUUCUGCUUUUUCAGUGAAAAAUUAUCUUUUUUUCAGUGUUUCACGUGAACAAGAAAUUUGGCGAAGCCGUGCCAGACUCAGCACUGCUUAUCACAAUGGGAUUGUUGCUUGGGAUCAUGCUCAAGAUGUCCCACGUCAAUGACACUCUAUAUUUAUUGAAUUCAAAGGUUUUCUUCCUGUACCUCCUGCCUCCGAUCAUCUUCGACGCCGGCUAUUUCAUGCCAAAUCGACUGUUAUUUGAAAACUUUGGCUCUGUGAUGAUGUUCGCUGUGGUUGGAACGAUCUGGAACACUGUAGCAAUUGGGGGAACAUUGGCUUUGGUCAGUCGCUAUACGAAUUGGUUUGGAAUCAGUGUUUCGCCAGUGGACUCAUACUUAUUCUCGUCGUUGAUCAGUGCUGUGGAUCCGGUGGCUGUGAUCACGGUGUUCGAGGAGAUUCAUGUGAAUGCCUUCUUGUUUAUUAAUGUGUUUGGAGAAGCAUUGUUCAACGACGGUAUAGCGGCGGUGUUGUUCCAGAUAUUUAACAAAAUGACGACGAUAGGCACGGAGAAGCUGAAAACUGUCCAUUACUUUGUGUUCGGAUCAUCGUUCUUCGCCGUAGCGCUGGGUGGGGCACUGAUAGGGGUGUUGUUUGCAUUUGUAUCAGCUCUGGCAACGAAAUAUACUCAAAGAGUCAAGCUGGUUGGGCCGGUGUUUGUGUUUGUCAUACCUUAUAUUGCUUAUUUAAUGGCUGAAAUGACCGGAUUUUCAGCGAUUUUGGCGUAAGUUUUAUUUUUUUAGGGAGGGGUUUUUAGGGAAGGUAUGGGUUUUUUAGGCGAGGGAGGGGUGGUUGUUAAAAAUCUGAAGAUUUUUUGAGUAGCUAAGACAUUUUCUAAUUUUUUUUGCAAAGGAAAGUGGGAGGGGUAAAAAAAUUUUUUUUGAAGGUGAGGGGGGGGGGAGGGGUAAAAAAAAAUUUUUUUUUGAAGAAGGGGAGGGGCGAUUUUUUUUACUUUGCAGUUUUCGAAACGGGAUAGGAUUUCUUACCUUUUUUUAAAAAACAGUGGGCGGGGUAAAAAAAUUUUUUUGGUGGGCGGUGAUUUUUAAAAAAAUUUUAUUUUAAAAGCGAAAAACAUUUAGGGCCGGGUAAUUUUUUAUUUUUUGGGACGGGGUAAAGAAUUAAAUUAUUUUUUGAAAGAACUUUGUUUACAAAACAAAAAAAUGGCAAGAACUUUCUUUACAAAACAAAAAAUGGCGAGAACUUUCUUUACAAAGUAUAAAAUGGCAAAAACUUUAUUUACAAAACCAAAAACGGCAAAAACUUUCUUUACAGAUUAAAAAAUGGCAAGAACUUUCUUUACAAAGGCAAAAACGGCAGAAACUAUUUUUUUUCGGGCGGGGUAAAAUAAUUUUUUCCCAAAAAUUAAAAUUUUUUCUAAUUUCAGGAUCUGUUGCUGUGGAAUUGUGAUGAAACAGUACGUUAAGUGUAACAUAACCCAUGAUGCCUCUGCUUCUGUCAAAUACUUUGUCAAAUUGAUGUCACAAGCCAGUGAAACUGUGGUUUUUAUGUUCUUGGGUUUGUCUGCCAUUUCUUCGCAGACACGAUUUGAUUGGGGCUUCAUUAUAGUCACGUUGGCUGGAUGCUUGAUUUAUAGGAUUAUUGGUAGGUUAAGUUCAAUAAAUGGAAAGAACGUUGUUUACGAGGCUUUUGAACUUUUGGAAAAUGGAAUUGAUCGUAUAAAUUGUCACCCGCAGGCUGCAAACCACGAUUUUUAGGUUUUUUGGUAUAAAUGGCAAGAACUUUCUUUACAAAACACGAUAUGGCAAGAACUUUCUUUACAGAGCAAAAAAUGGCAAGAACUUUCUUUACAAAGCAAAAAAUGGCAAGAACUUUUACAGAACAAAAAAUGGCAAGAACUUUCUUUACAAAGCAAAAAAUGGCAAGAACUUUUACAGAACAAAAAAUGGCAAGAACUUUCUUUACAAAGCAAAAAAUGGCAAGAACUUUUACAGAACAAAAAAUGGCAAGAAAAUUCUUUACAAGAGCUAAAAGUUCAAAAAGUGUCAUUCGUCGUACAAAUUGUCACCCGCAGGCUGCAAACCACCAAUUUUUAGGUUUUUUGGUAUAAAUGGCAAGAACUUUCUUUACAAAACAAAAAAUGGCAAGAACUUUCUUUACAAAACGAAAAAUGGCAAGAACUUUCUUUACAAAACAAAAAAUGGCCAGAACUUGGGCCAUACUAGAGAAAGCACCCAACAUAAUAAAGGCACCCACAAUUGGUUUAAAGCACCCAAAAAACUUUAUUCAAAUUUGUGCAUUACAAAACGUAGCGCUUUCGAAGAGCGGUGUAGAAGUUCUCGAUUAGUGCAUCGCGAUUAUUGUAUCGGAACGAAGCCUCGUCCAGAUAGGAUUGAAGUAGUGUGUCAUGAGCGGUUUUCGUGUCGUUUGCUUUGCCUAUAGAAAUACCAUUAGCCAGUUUGAUUAAAGACUUCACUUGACUCCAAUAUCCUUCUAUCGAAUUAGUGUUGACAAUAAGGUGCUCAUUAUCAUCGUACCUGAAGUUGCCCACUAUAACUAUUAUAUAUAAGAAGCUACUGUAACUAGAUAGCUCCCUAGAUAGUAGGGUACUGUAACUAGAUAGUAGGGUACUGUAACUAAAUAAUGGGUUACUAUAACUAGAUAGUAGGGUACUGUAACUAGAUAGUAGGGUACUGUAACUAGAUAGUAGGGUACUGUAACUAGAUAGUAGGGUACUGUAACUAGAUAGUAGGGUACUGUAACUAGAUAGUAGGGUACUGUAACUAGAUAGUAGGGUACUGUAACUAGAUAGUAGGGUACUGUAACUAAAUAAUGGGUUACUAUAACUAGAUAGUAGGGUACUGUAACUAAAUAAUGGGUUACUAUAACUAGAUAGUAGGGUACUGUAACUAGAUAGUAGGGUACUGUAACUAGAUAGUAGGGUACUGUAACUAGAUAGUAGGGUACUGUAACUAGAUAGUAGGGUACUGUAACUAGAUAGUAGGGUACUGUAACUAGAUAGUAGGGUACUGUAACUAGAUAGUAGGGUACUGUAACUAAAUAAUGGGUUACUAUAACUAGAUAGUAGGGUACUGUAACUAGAUAGUAGGGUACUGUAACUAGAUAGUAGGGUACUGUAACUAAAUAAUGGGUUACUAUAACUAGAUAGUAGGGUACUGUAACUAGAUAGUAGGGUACUGUAACUAGAUAGUAGGGUACUGUAACUAGAUAGUAGGGUACUGUAACUAGAUAGUAGGGUACUGUAACUAGAUAGUAGGGUACUGUAACUAGAUAGUAGGGUACUGUAACUAGAUAGUAGGGUACUGUAACUAGAUAGUAGGGUACUGUAACUAGAUAGUAGGGUACUGUAACUAGAUAGUAGGGUACUGUAACUAGAUAGUAGGGUACUGUAACUAGAUAGUAGGGUACUGUAACUAGAUAGUAGGGUACUGUAACUAAAUAAUGGGUUACUAUAACUAGAUAGUAGGGUACUGUAACUAGAUAGUAGGGUACUGUAACUAGAUAGUAGGGUACUGUAACUAAAUAAUGGGUUACUAUAACUAGAUAGUAGGGUACUGUAACUAGAUAGUAGGGUACUGUAACUAGAUAGUAGGGUACUGUAACUAGAUAGUAGGGUACUGUAACUAGAUAGUAGGGUACUGUAACUAAAUAAUGGGUUACUAUAACUAAAUAAUGGGUUACUAUAACUAAAUAAUGGGUUACUAUAACUAAAUAAUGGGUUACUAUAACUAGAUAGUAGGGUACUGUAACUAGAUAGUAGGGUAAUGUAACUAGAUAGUAGGGUACUGUAACUAAAUAAUGGGUUACUAUAACUAGAUAGUAGGGUACUGUAACUAGAUAGUAGGGUACUGUAACUAGAUAGUAGGGUACUGUAACUAGAUAGUAGGGCACUGUAACUAGAUAGUAGGGUACUGUAACUAGAUAGUAGGGUAAUGUAACUAGAUAGUAGGGUACUGUAACUAAAUAAUGGGUUACUAUAACUAGAUAGUAGGGUACUGUAACUAGAUAGUAGGGUACUGUAACUAGAUAGUAGGGUACUGUAACUAGAUAGUAGGGUACUGUAACUAGAUAGUAGGGCACUGUAACUAGAUAGUAGGGUACUGUAACUAAAUAAUGGGUUACUAUAACUAAAUAAUGGGUUACUAUAACUAGAUAGUAGGGUACUGUAACUAGAUAGUAGGGCACUGUAACUAGAUAGUAGGGUACUGUAACUAAAUAAUGGGUUACUAUAACUAGAUAGUAGGGUACUGUAACUAGAUAGUAGGGUACUGUAACUAGAUAGUAGGCUACUGUAACUAAAUAGUAGGCUAUUGUACCUAGAUAAUAGGCUACAAUAAUACAACAUAAAAAAAUUUACCUGGAAUAUGACGUUAUGUGACAUAUGGUGAGUCUCUUGAAAACGAUAUCGUUAUACCCCUUCCAUUCGUCGGUAAUCAAUGUCGUAUCAGGAAGAAUCCAUCGUUUUAGAAUGGGAUGUAUAACUGAUUUACCUCUAGAUGGAACAAUCUGAGAUCGUACAUUUCCUCCUCUCUCAACACAACCUAGCACCCACGUAUGGCCAGUACUGUUGGGUUGACCUUUACCGUAUUUGGUGUGUCCAAAUACGCUUUCGUCGCAUUCAACAACUUUGCCCAUUCCUCCAAACUGUCCCAAUUCUUUCAUAUACCAAGAGCAAACCUGCCUUGCAAAUGAUUUGAAAUCGAUCACUGUAUUUAUGUUGAUCUUCAAUGUACGCGCAAUUGAACCUGAUGUCAUCUUUUGAGACCAAAACCAUAUUAUUUUUAAAAUCUGAACCAGUUUCAGUCGACUAAGUGAAAACCAUGACAAGUGUCUAACACUUUUAGUGGAACAGUCUGAACCAUCUUUUUUCCGACAGCGCCACUGAGAUAAUAACAGUACAAUUAAACGUUGAAUUAUUUAAAAUAGUAAACUCUAUAUUCUUACCUGGUAUCCAUCUGACAACCAUUUGCGCCUUGACAUAAUCAUUUUACCACCACAGUUAGAACACGUCAUUGACGCCGAUAGAAGCCGAUGUCUUUGAAGGUAGGGGAUGAGAUUAUUGUUGGCAUAGAGAGUAUCAAUGGAUUCUGGAUUUAACUCUCCAAGAUCGGAUUCCAUCUUAACCCGACCGUCUCACGCGGUCGAUAGAAAAAAAUGACAAUUUUUUAAACAAAUAAAAAUAACACAAUAUAAUUACAAAUUUAUGCAAAUUUGACUUUUGGGUGCUUUAAAUAGGAGAAAAAUUGGGUGCUUUUAUUAGUAAUACUGGGUUAUUUCUUUAGAUUAGCGCCGAACUUACAAAACAAAAAAUGGCAAGAACUUUCUUUACAAAACGAAAAACGGCAAGAAAAUUUUUUACAACCCGGAAAUUGCAGUAAUUUUUAUAAUUUUAGGUGUGGUAUCUCAAUGUUACAUCCUGAAUAAGUUCAGAACCAGAAAGUUCACCUUUGAAGACCAAUUUGUCAUGUCAUAUGGUGGACUUCGAGGAGCAAUCGCUUUCGGUUUAUUGUCAUCAAUGCCAGAUACGAUGGACCCCGAGAUCAAAGCUGUGUUUACUACAACAACUAUUGUGGUUAUUUGCUUUACUGUCUUCUUACAGGUGAGGAAAUUUUGUUUACAAGAGAUAAAAUGGCAAGAACUUUCUUCACAAUGCAAAACAUAGCGAGAACUUUGUUUACAGAACAUAAAAUGGCAAGAACUUUCUUUACAAACCCAAAAAUAGCAAAAACUUUUUUAAAUUUGAUUUCAGGGCAGUACGAUCAGACCAUUAUUAUCCCUACUCAAAGUGGAACGUCAAAAGAACGACGACGACAUGAUGUUCAGGAAGAUCUAUCAACGUGUAAGUCAUUUGAAUAAGUAUUUGAUUAUGAAAAAAGGUGAAAAAAAUUUUUCUUGAUAUUUUUGACGAGGGACGGGGUCAACAUAAGUAUUUUUAAAAAAAUUUUUGGGCGGGGUAAAAAUUUUUUUUUUGUGGGGGGGGGGAGAAUUUUUUUUUAUUUUUAAAAUUGCUUUAAUAUCUUCACUAUUGAUUUAAAUUUAAUUUAUAUUUGUGAAAAAAAUUUUGGGCGGGGUAAAAAAUUUUUUUUAGUGGGUGGUGGGUGAAUUUUUUUUUCGAUUUUUAAAACAAAUUAGCUUUACAAUUGGCUCAGGCUUUAAUUUCUUUAAAAAAAUUUGGAUGUGGUGAAUUUUUUUUAGAGGGGGGGGAGGGCUUUUCUUCUUUUUUUUAUCCGGUGGGUGAAAAAUUUAUAAAAUUUCAAUUUUUCACUAAACACUAAAAAUUUUUAUUUAUGACUAAAAACGUCAGAAAUUUUACUUUUUCAGUACAUUGACUACAUGAUGGCAGGCCUAGAAGACGUGGUAGCGCUUCACGGCGCCCAUUCUCUAAGAGACUGGUUCGAACGCAUGAAUGCCAUGUACCUAAAGCCAAUUUUAACCAUUGAAAACAAGCAAGAGUUCGAUGCGACGCCAUUCGUUCGAAUGUUCGCCAAGGACGCCAUGUCAAGAGCGGCCAGCAUUGUGGAGCGACGAGCGUCGAUGGUGAAGGACGUUGCGAAGGAAAAGAAGUACGCAUCAGCCAAGGUUUGUCCAAUUCCUUCACAGUACGGACAAAGAACAUACAGCACGUCAAGUGAGACUGAUCCGGUAAGGAAGCUGGAGGACUUUUUUGCAAAAAAUGGCAAGAAUUUUCUUUACAAAACAAAAAAUAGCAAGAACUUUCUUUACAAAAAGGAAAAUGGCAAGAACUUUCUUUACAGAACGAAGGAUAGCAUUUAUCGUAUAACUUGUCACUCGCAGGCUGCAGAAGCAAAAAAUGUUAUGAUUUCGAGUAAAAAUGGCAAGAACUUUCUUUACAAAACAAAAAUGGCAAUAACUUUCUUUACAGGCUGAAAAAUGGCAAGAACUUUCUUUACAGAACGAAAAAUUGCAAGAACUUUCUUUACAAAUCGAAAAAUUGCAAGAACUUUGUUUACAAGAUAUAAAAAUGACAAGAACUUUAGUUACAAGGAUCAAAAUUGAUAUUUAUCGUAUAACUUGUCACCUGCAGGCUGCAAAACACAAAUUUUUGGCUUUGUUUGAUAUAAAUGGCAAAAUCUUCGUUCACAGUUGAGAAAAUGGAAGAAACUUUCUUUAGAAAAUAAAAAAUGGCAAGAACUUUCUUUACAGCACAAAAAUGGCAAGAACUUUCUUUACAAAACAAAAAAUGGCAAGAACUUUCUUUACAAAACAAAAAAUGGCAAGAACUUUCUUUACAAAACAAAAAAUGGCAAAAACUUUAUUUACAAAACAAAAAAUGGCAAAAACUUUCUUUACUAAACACAAAUUUCAGAUUGAACCUCUAUCAUUGGAUCAAAUGUCUCAAUUGCAAAAAAUGAUGAGUGAUUUACUGGACCAAAAACUCAAGUCAUACCCGCAAUUUAAGAAGGUAGAUGACAUUCAGGAUGACUACCUGUCGAUGAUCAAUGCCAGUUUUGUGGACAAAGAAGAGAAAGACAAGGAGGGCAUGGACAAGAAGUCUCUGGCGGCCAAAAAGAGUCAUGAGAUGGUGUAG